UGUGGACCCCGGACGAGCAAAAAAAAAAAAGAAAUAGAAAUUAAAAAUGGAUAUGGUGUCGGACAUGGGGACAAAUAGACUCUACCGGGCGCCGGGUGAAUCAAGCCACCACAGGCAGCCUCAGAGGUGGAUCAACACUGCUGACAUCACAGUGGCUCACCAAAGCAACCUGCUGAAGCAGCUCAACCAACAGCGACGCCAAGAGCUGUUCUGUGACUGCAGCGUGCUGGUGGAGGGCCAGCUCUUCAGGGCCCACCGAAACGUCUUGUUCGCCAGCAGCGGCUACUUCCGCAUGUUGCUGUCCCAGGGGCCCGAAGGGUUGUCUGACGCUGUCAACGCCACCUUUGACGUCUUCAGUCCCGAGACCUUCACAGUUAUCCUUGAUUUCAUCUACUCCGGCCAGCUGGACCUCUCCAGUCACAAUGUGAUUGAGGUGAUGUCUGCAGCCAGUUACCUACAGAUGAAUAAUGUCAUCACCUACUGCAAGAACUUCAUUAAAUCCUCUUUGGACAUCAGCGUGAAAGAUGAAGACAGCGACCGUUGCCUCAGUUUGUCUGAGACCUGUAGCUUUACCAGCGGGGCCGGAGAAGAGACUUCAGAGCAGCAGCAGCAAGGCCCCUGUUCUGUCAGCCCACCGCCAGCGCUUUGGACCCGCGACAACUCACGAUCUCAGUCCAGCUUCAUGGGGAAGGACCUAGACCAGGAUGUUUCAGGCUCAGACUUGAAGACUAACCCAGUCAGCCCUGCUAAUGAGCUCAACACAGAGUCAGAGGACCAGCAGGACCCUCAGGAUCCACUGUACACUUUGCCUGGAUCAGAGCGUCGGCGAGGUAGAGCAUCUAAGAGGAGAACUCCCAACAGCACUCGCUCCAGCCAGCAUGAAGACUUGGACAUCGAGGAGGCGAGGACAAAAAAAGCUGAGAAGGCAGAGGAGCUGUAUGCCACUCUACCACCUAUUGUAGGCGUUAUUGGACACUUUAAUAAAGACUCCAACCCCAUUAUGCGCUUCAAAUGUCCCUUCUGUACACACACGGUGAAGAGGAAGGCUGACCUGAAGCGUCACUUGCGCUGUCACACCGGGGAGAGGCCGUACCCCUGUCAGGCCUGCAAUAAGCGCUUUACUCGCCUGGAGCACCUUCGCAGUCACUUUGAGACGAUCCAUCAAGCCAGGAAGCUGGUAUGCAGGAAGUGUAAGUGUCAGGUGACGGAGGAGACGGGGCAUGUGGUUUGUGAGGGCACACGCCGCUAUCGCAUGUGCACCGCAUGCAUCCAGGAAGUUGGCUGUGACACUAUUCCCAUGGAUGGUCUAGAUGGGGCCAAUGACGAGCCGGCCCUGUUACUGGGCGUAGAUGGGGAGGAAGAGGAGGACACCAAGAGGACCUGGAUGGUAACCGAUGACGAUGACCUGGCUGAAGACUCGGGGGCCGACCUCAUCAUCCAACAAGUAGACGACAGUGAUGAGGAGCUGCAGUGAAACGGGGCCAAAGUGUGUGUGUGUGUGUGUGUGUGUGUGUGUGUGUGUGUGUGUGUGUGUGUGUGUGUGUGUGUGUGUGUGUGUGUGUGUGUGUGUGCGUGUGUGUGUGUGAAGAAGCAUGCACAAGUAUUG